AUGGUCGUCCUCAGCGGCAGCGGCGGCGAGGACGACGUGCGCCAGCCCGCGCCCCGGCCACAUCUCGACCACACGCUCGACUUGUCCGAGCUGCCGCCGCCGCGACCCGAGACCGAGGACGAGACGCACGAGCGCACGAGCUUCCAGACCGAGGACGAGUCGGAGCGCUCGAGGGACGACGACGACGACCAGCACCCGCUCGACGCUCUCGGCGGCCUGCCACACUCGCCGGCAACGGUCAAGAAACCGACCCUCGCCUCGUCCGCCCGCUCCGACAACAUCCUGCCCGACGCCCUCUCGCCGCUCCGCCGCCACGACGCGACCGAGUCGACCCUCCCCUCGAUCGAGCUCGGCCGCAACUCGUCCCCUCGUCGCUCGCCCCACGCCUCGUUCGACCAGCACCACCACGCCGCGACUCCCUCGCGCGCCCUGUCCAAGUCGCCCUCGCCCGCCUUGACGCCCCACAACGCCAAGCUCGACUCGCCGCUCGCGCCGCACGACCUGAACGCGAGCGCGGCGCACGACAACCCGGUCACGCCCUCGGUCGACCAGUCGGCCGCCCAGCGCCGCGCGUCGCACCUCCUCAUGACGCUGCGCUCGACGGCCAAGCCGCGCUUCAACGUGCGCGCGACGCCGCACCCGCACCGCUCGGCGGCCAAGGUCGCGUCGCGGCUCACGCCGGGCGGCGACGACGACGACCAGCACACGGCGUCGUCGUUCGGGUCGGACCGGUCGUCGAACGACCUCACGACGUUCCAUAAGGCCAACACGUCGCUCCCCGUCGGGUCGGGCGGCGAGGCGCUCGCGUCGGGCGGGAGCACGGGCGCCGCAGGAGGCCUCGGCGGCGGUGCGGCCGGCGGCUCGCGCUUCAACGGCGCCAAGCUCAACGCCUACCUGCACACGCUCAACUCGCACCUGACGGACGAGAACGCGACGCUCGUCAAGGCGGUGCAGCGUACCGCCCGCGACAACGAGCGCCUCCUCGAGGACAAGCGCAGGCUCGAGGACACGCUCAGGGAGAUGAGCGUCCUCGGGCCCGGCACCGGCGGCGACGCGUCGCGCUCCCGAGCGGGUGCGGCGUCGAGGUCCAGCGGCGGCGAGGACGGCGAGAGCGACGGCGCAAGCGGCGAGACGUCGCGCGUCGAGAUGCUCGGCAACGAGCUCGAGGGCCUCGUCGCCGGCCAGCGCCGCAUCCGCGGCCUCCAGGACCAGCUCGGCGUCGCUGCCGACGGCACGAGCAUCACGGCGGCGCAGCGCAUCGCCGAGCUCGAGGCCGAGCUUGACCGCGCGCACGCCGUCGUCGGCGACAAGGACGCCGAGGUGCGACGGCUGCGCGACCGCGUCGUCGACGAGCCGUCCGGCGGCGGCGACGACUCGGACGCGUCGACGCGCCUGUCGGGCCUGCAGCGCGAGGUGUUCGAGCUCAAGGACUCGCUCGGCGCGGCCGAGGCCGACCGCGACGUCCUGCGCGCCGACCUCGCCAAGCUCCAGCGCGACUUUGCCUCGGCCGGCGAGGCGAGCGCCGCCGAGGUCGCCGCGCUGCAGGACGACCGCGACGCGCUCCUCGUCGCCCUCGAGGACAAGGACCGCGACCUCGACGCCGCGCGCCGCCAGCUCGAGGAGCAGGAGACCGAGUUCGCCGACAACAACGCCCAGCUCGAGAAGGAGCUGUGCGCCGUCAUGGAGGCGCAGGAGGCCAAGGUCGAGCGCGUGCGCGACGAGGUCGAGCAGCGGCGCCGCGACGACGAGCAGGUGCGCCGGGCCGAGCGCGACAAGCUCGAGCGCGUCGAGCGCGAGCGCGACGACCUCGAGCGGCAGCUCGUCGCCGGUGCGCCCGACGACGCGGCGGCCAAGGACCUCGAGCGCAAGGUGCACGCGCUCCGCGACGAGGUCGCCCAGCUCGAGGAGACGGUCGCCGGCCUGCGCGGCGACGUCGAGGCGCGCGACGACGAGCUCGCGCGCAUGCAGGAGGAGCUCGAGCUCGCCGAGCGCAGGGUCGACGAGCUCGAGCGUGGCGAGGGCGGCGGCGGCGACGUCGACGUCGACGAGCUGCGGCAGCAGGUCGCGCAGAAGGACGACGAGCUGCGCCAGCUCGAGGACGCCCUCGACGACUCGGCGCAGCAGCUCGUCGACAACGAGACGGUCCUCGCCGACAAGGAGGCCGCCCUCGAGUCGCUCCGGGCGCAGCUCGACGCCGAGCAGGCCAAGACGACCGCGCUCGAGGCCCGCCUGUCGCAGCUCAGCGUCCCCAAGGCCAAGUCGCCGCUCGCCAACGAGGUGUUCAGCGCCGCCCAGGACGACGUCAUCUCGUCGCUCGAGGAGGAGCUCGACGCCGCCCGGCGCGAGUGCGACGACCUGCGCAAGCAGCUCGCGGCGGCGACGCACGAGGACGAGUCGGCGCGCCUGCGCGAGCUCGAGGUCCAGCAGCUCGAGUCGGACAAGGCCAACCUCGAGGACCGCGUCAAGUCGCUCCGCCAGCAGGUGUCGGUGCAGCUGUCGUCGCCGGCGGGCACCAAGACGCCCGACAAGUCGUGGUUCCGCCCUCUGCCGUCGUUCUACACGCCCAAGACCCCCGGUCAGCUCUUCGGCAACCUCUCGGCCUUCAGCCCGGGCACCACCGCCAACGAGACGAUCUCGCCGCUCCUCGCCCAGAUCCACGAGCUCGAGCAGGUCGUCGAGCACCUCCAGAGCCAGCUCUCGGACGCCAACGUCCAGAUCGACACCAAGCUCGACAAGCUCGAGGCGGCCGGGUCGGGCACCAUCUCGCUCGCGCGCCAGCUGUCGACCGCCCAGUCGCGCAUCGCCCAGCUCGAGGGUGACCUCGAGCGACUCUUGGGCGACGGCGGGUCGCUCGAGCGCGUACGAGGUCGGCUCGCUAAGGUGCACUGCCCCGAGUGCCAGGCGACGUUCGACGCCAACAAGACGGUCCAGCUGCGCAUCGACCGCGACGGUGUCUCGUUCGCCGAACCUUCAUCCUCGUCGUCCGCCACGCCCAAGGCCGACUCGCUCAAGACGACCCUCGCCAGCGUCAACGCCAAGCUCGCCGAGCUGCGCACCGAGAACGACGUCCUCCAGCAGCAGGCGUCCCGGUCCAAAGACCUCGCGGCCGACAAGGCCAAGCUCUCGAAGCAGCACGAUGCUGUCCAGCGCGAGCUCAAGCAGGCCAAGGGCGACAUCGCCGUGCUCGAGACCGACCUGCGCACCGAGCGCUCGAGGCUGCGCAACCUCGCGAGCGAGCAGUUGGGCGCGGGCAAGGCCAAGGCGGCGCUCGAGGCGAGAUUGGCGUCGGCCGAAUCGGAACUCGCCGCCGUCAAGCGCGAGCUGGCCAAGGCGGUCGCAGCCGACGUCGUCGAGCGGCUGCGCAAGGAGAAGGACUCGCUCGUAGCCGAGCGCGCCGACCUCAUCCGCCAACUUGCCGACGUCAACGAGCGAGCCUCACGCGCCGACACGGACCUGUCGUCGACCAAGGCCGACCACGCCGCCUUGCAGGCCCAGCUCGCUCGUCAAGCCGCCGACCUCGACGCGCUGCGCGCAUCGCUGUCGACCAAGGAGGCCGAGCAACGCGCGCUCCAGGACGAGCGUGGCGACAUCCUGCGCGGCGUCGCCAACCUCCAGGCCGACCUGAACCGCGUGCGCCAGGACGCCAUCAGCCUCGGCCUCGACCUCGCCGCCGUGCGUCGCGAGCGCGACGAGCUCGGCGCCAAGAAGAGCAGCAGCGACGAGGUCGAGCUCGGUCGCGCGAGGGAGGAGCUCUCGGUCGCCCGGCGCAAGCUCGGCGCGCUCGAGGAGGAGCUCGCACGCCAUGUCUGCUCCCCGACCAGUACCACCUCGACCGCUCUCGCCCAGCUGCAGACCAAGCACAAGUCCGAGGUCAAGGGCUUGCUCGUCCUUCUGCGCCAGCUCAAGCUUCGCGUCGAGCGCGAGAUGGACUUCCGCGUCCAAGCCGGGUCGCAGAAGCGCUACCUCGAGGGCGUCGUCCGCACCAAGCAGGAGACCAUCGACACGAUCUUGACGCAGCUGUCGCUGCCCGUCCUGUCGUCGCCGCCGACCAAGCCGACCUCGCUACGCAGCGUCGCGCUCGCCGUCGUCGCGUCGCAGCGCAUGCAGCGCAUGUCGAGCGCGUGGAAGGAGCAGAGCGCGCCCAAGAAGCGCUUGCGCGACCAGCUGUACCAGGACGUGCGCGGCAAGCCCUUCCCCGGUUGA